UCAACAGUAGAACAGUUAGUCAAGUUCUCUCCCAUAACAUGACAUUUAUACAAUAUCUCCACAAUGUUUUUUUGGUUUCCUUAGGUUGACCCAUGCAAACGUUGUUGACUGUGAAGGAUUGUCCUGAAAAGGUGAAAGGGACUUGCAGGGUUACUUCCCUGAUGCUAAUGUGGUUAAGAGCUAGCUCUACUUGACACAGUUCAGAACGUAUGGCUCAGCUAAUCGGCAGGACUGUGCGCAGCAGGACUGUUCCAAAUCCACUGGCAGAGUGUUAUUCCAGUUCCUCAAUGCUUCAAGUCCCUUUCACACCAUGAUAUGAAAUCUGUUCUUUCACUAAAGAGUUUUGUAGACUGUCUUAAAAAACUGAUUUGAUAACCAUUUGACGUGUCAGGUUUUUAGUUGGGGAUGUCUCAGGUAAAACUGUUUCAUUUCCUCCAAGAGGAUUAUUCUGAGGGCGAUUAGCCUGGCUACCGCCCUUAAUGCUACAGCUAUAGUGAGGAUAUGGGUGUUUGCUAACCACCUGUCUGCCUACUGAGGAGACAUCAGUUGGACAGUCGAAGGCAUAGAGGAAGAAGGCUGGAAUGAUUGGGCUGGAUGUCUAUCUGUAUCCAGACGGUCUUAGGGUUUCUACACCAGACGAUAUAGAGAAAUGGGAAUCUGAGAGAGAAAUGUUUGAACCGAACGUGCGUCUCUUCGUGGCUCUGUUCUCAUACAACCCUGGGAUGAUGUCACCAGACCCUGAAACAAUGGAGGAGGAACUGCCUUUUGAACAAGGACAGAUCAUUAAAGUAUAUGGAGAUAAAGAUGCUGACGGCUUCUAUAGCGGAGAGACUGGUCGCUUCGGUUUUGUGCUGAGCAACAUGGUUUCUGAGAUUCCUGUGGAAGACAGAGAGCUCAAACUUCGUCUGUUUCAGCAGGGGUUUUUACCAGAGGAGACGCCUUCCAUAGCACCCAGUGAAACGUCUAGUGUGCCGGAUGGUGUGAAGGUCCACAUGAUGGUGGCCGUUUUUGAUUAUGACCCAUGGGAAAGUUCUCCAAACAUGGAUAUUGAGGAUGAGCUUCCCUUUCGUGCAGGAGACAUUAUAUAUGUUUUUGGAGAAAUGGACAGUGAUGGAUUUUAUUAUGGAGAUCUCCAUGGUUACCGAGGUCUUGUGCCAUCAAACUUUUUGCAACCCCUGCCUUGGGACUAAAGGAACUGAGAAAUCAGAAAUCAGGAACAGGAGAGUGACCUCAGAUUGUGAAUAGAACCCACUUUACUGAAUUCAGCAGCAGCUUUGCUGUUUUUUUUAAACCAUAAAACAUGUACAUUUCCUGUAAUGUACAUGACACAUCAUGUCUCUAAAUGACCUUUCUACUACUUAUGCACUAUGCUUAGCAUCAAUUAAAUGCAUAAAAGGAAAUUAAUUUAUGAUUUAUACAAGAGCUUUUAGUAGCAGCUAGUGCAUUAUAGCCUUAAAAGACUGUUAAUGGUAAAUUAAGAAUCAUUGUUUUAUAUUGUUUUGUCUUCUUUUCAAUACUAAUGCCUUUAUAUGAUUUGAGCUAUUUUUGUAAUGUCCUUCCUGUAUGCGGCAACUGCACUGGGGUUAGUUUAACAACAGAAUGAUAUGAUUUACACACACUUACACAGUUCAGCUUCAUUUUAUUACUGUUUCAUGAAUUCAGAGAUGCACAGAUAAAGACGAAUGCACUCAAAAACAUUAUCACAUUACAAUCAGUCUUGAAACACCAUCUUUAUUAAUAUUUAAUAUAAACAAGACAUUCUGAUUCAGCAUUGUUUAAUUCUCCAUAAGAUCAUCCCUCGCAGCAAACAGUACACUCAUCCAUAAAGUAGGAAACACUACACUGUGUAGAGACCUUUAGUAGUGCUGUCUACUUUAUGAGUGACUGCACUGAUGUUCCCGCCUCUUCUCUUCACGCUCCAAUCCUUUCUUUGCACGCUUCCUCUUAUCUCCAUGUGCUCCGAAUGUUCACUUUACAGCUAUUUGUUAAACCUAAAAUGAAAAUUAGAUUAAAAUUAUGUAAUUAAAUAAGUCAGGUCAUGUUUUAUUAUGGUUGGAUGUUCAGCUGCAUCAGCUUUAAUUGUUCAUAUUGAGUCACUGCACAUCAUGAGGAAGUUUAGAAUCAUGAUUUUCUGCCUGUGCUGUA